GUCGAGGGACAAGUUUGGAUUAUAUUACAAGACGAGUCGUGGAAGAUCCAACUGGAGGAACCAGUCGACGGCUCGAAAUUCAACGUGAAAGUGAAGAUAUUCGCACCGGCCAUGACGUGAUCGCGGACCCCUUCAUGGUCCAUGGGCUAGAGCCACAGAUGAAUUUCCGACUUCCAAGUAGUUGUUGUCUUUUUGGGAACAUUCGUCGCAGAGAAGCGGACACGGUUGGGCAACGCAACGAAGGAAUCGAGGAUACGAGAGCGACACCGUCACCAGAAGAAGCCACGCGGUCAAGGAGGACUGAUGGCGAAUCAAGAUCCUCCAUGGCUCGUUCCUCGCGACCGCUUCUCACCCGCGAUACUUUGCGCCAGUUUGAGUCGGGUUUCACACCGUCUGGACGUAACCGGCCUUUGCAGACGCCGACAACAAUGGAUGCAACACCGGAGGCAGCUGGUCAAAGCGCAGGUGUCAUUGACAAUGCACCAUUUGAUAGUCAUAGAAGCACAACACGCCGGAAGCGGCGGUCCAGUCAAAAUACUUCUCCUGCUGCCAAAGUGCCACCUCUGACUGCAGCGG